AUGUUUCGACUCAAUACAACGCUGCACCAUCUGUUCUCGUUGGGGGUCAAUCGGGGAAUGAUGUGCUUGUAAUUCAUGUAAUAUGUCCAGUUUUACUAAAUCUGCCCAGCAAUGGGCUACCUUUGCCAGAUCGUGGUACUUGAUAGACGCUCGGAUGCAGCCUCCAGGGAAGAUUGCCACAAUGUGUGCAAUCAGGCUACAGGGGAAACACAAACCGAUCUACCAUGCACUGAGUGAUGUUGGAGAUCAUGUAGUAGUCAUGAACACCAGACACAUAGCCUUCUCUGGGAACAAAUGGGAACAGAAGGUCUACUCCUCCCACACCCAGUUUCCCGGUGGAUUUAAACAAGUCACAGCCACCCAGCUACAUUUGAAAGACCCCAAAGCGAUAGUAAAGCUGGCAGUAUAUGGGAUGCUGCCUAGGAACCUCUCCAGAAGGACCAUGAUGCAACGGUUACACCUCUUCCCUGAAGAUGAUCUUCCUGAGGACAUCCUUAUGAACCUGACAGAGGAGCUGCCUCAGCCCAGAGAGAUCCCUCGCAGACUGAAUGAGUACAGCCAGGAGGAACGAGAAGCCUUCCCCACUCUAUGGACCCCACCUGAAGACUAUAGGAUGAAGUGAUCCAUCAGAUGGCUGGUGUUCGGCUUCUUCAUCUGUCCUGUUACUAGUACUAGCAUUCAGAUGGCUUUUGGAUUAGAACAUCCAGGUGACAUUUACUGUACAUUUACAUUUUUACAUUUUAGUAAUUUAGCAGACGCUCUUAUCCAGAGCGACUUACUCUUUUUUUUAUUUUUUUUACAAACCUUUAUGUUGUCCCAAUAAUGUACUAAAUAAACGAUUCUCCUGUCAACCGUUUGUUUUUCUCGAGAAUAAAUCAUGAGUGAUAUUUUA